GGCGGAGGAGGAGGAGGAGGAGGAGGAGGAGGGAGCGGGCAACCUGGAGCAAACAAAUCACCGAGACCGAGACCGAGACCGAGACCGAGAGAGGGAGAGACAUAAAACCGGCCGGAGAGUGAACCGAAUCCCUUCCAAACCUGAUUCAGUGUAAACCCGGUUAUCCCACCGACUAGGCCGACAAGAAGCCUCGGGCUUUCCUGAGCGGACCAUCCGACCCGGAGGAGGCCGGGGCCGGCCUGAGUGGUCGUGGUCAGUCGUUCUCUCCCCCACCCCCUUAAGAAAGGUUGGAAAGAGUCCCCGGUGUAGUUUUACUUAUUUUUUUUAUUUUGAAGCUGAUUAUUAAUUAUAGUUAUUUGUGGUGGUUUGCGAGGCGUCGCCAUGUCCAGCUCGCGGGUUUGCCGCACUUGCGGCUGCACCGAGAUCGACAUUGACCAGGCCCGGGGCGAUGCGGUGUGUACCGGCUGCGGCUCGGUGCUGGAGGACAACAUCAUCGUGUCCGAGGUCCAGUUCGUGGAGAACAGCGGCGGCGGCUCCUCGGCGGUCGGGCAGUUCGUCUCCUUGGACGGUCCCGGUAAAGCUCCAUCACUGGGAACAGGGUUCCACACUAACCUUGGGAAGGAGUCGCGCGCACAGACACUACAGAAUGGUCGGCGUCAGAUUCACCACCUGGGUAACCAGCUCCAGCUAAACCAGCACUGCCUCGACACGGCAUUUAACUUCUUCAAAAUGGCAGUUAGCAAGCACCUCACCAGGGGCCGGAAAAUGAGCCAUGUAGUCGCUGCCUGUCUUUAUCUAGUCUGUCGAACGGAGGGGACUCCUCAUAUGUUAUUGGAUCUCAGUGACCUGUUGCAGGUGAAUGUCUACGUGUUGGGAAAGACUUUUCUUCUCCUGGCCAGAGAGCUUUGUAUAAAUGCUCCAGCGAUAGAUCCGUGUUUAUAUAUCCCAAGGUUUGCGCAUAUGCUAGAGUUUGGGGAUAAGAAUCAUGAGGUUUCUAUGACAGCGCUCCGUUUGUUGCAGAGGAUGAAGCGGGACUGGAUGCACACUGGCCGGCGGCCGUCUGGACUGUGCGGAGCAGCUUUGUUGGUUGCUGCCAGAAUGCACGAUUUCAGACGGACUGUGAAAGAGGUCAUUCGCGUGGUCAAAGUCUGUGAGUCAACUCUAAGGAAAAGACUGAAUGAAUUUGAAGAAACGCCAACUAGCCAGUUAACAAUCGAUGAGUUUAUGAAGAUCGAUUUGGAGGAAGAGUGUGACCCACCUUCGUUCACAGCGGGGAAAAGAAAGAUUAGACUACAACAGCUGGAGCAGGAACUCGCCAAAAAAUUGGUGGAUUUUGAAGGUGAAAUAGCAAGUUACCAAGAUGAGAUUGAGACAGAGCUGGAGAUCACUCGACCAAGGUAUCGAGGAGCAUAUGCUACAUAUGCUAAAGGAGAUGCUCUGGAUGACGGAGCCUCAGUAACCUCCAGUGGAUUAGGUGAGGAAGAGGGGGAGGAUGAAGAGCUAACAGCAGUCGCAAACCACCUCAACAAGGACUUCUGUGAUGAUUUCCUGAAUGAAGAGCGGCCAAAGGACAACGACAAAACCGAGGAGAAGAAGGAAUUGGAGCCUCCGCCCAAACCCCCCAACAUAUCCACUCUGUUAGGCCCCCUCCCAACAGCCGCCAGCCUUGGCCUGAAGGAGUCCAUCGAGGAGUGUAUAGCAGCUGAUGAUCCUGAGUCAGGCAUUGAUCCUCAGAAAGGUGAACUGGACUUGAAUGGCAUCGAUGACAAUGAAAUCGAUAGGUAUCUACUGAACGAGAAGGAGGUGGAAAUGAAAACUGAGCUGUGGCUGAGGGAAAAUGCAGAUUACCUGAAGGAACAAAAGGAAAAGGAAGAACGGAUAGCGAAAGAGAAAGAGCUUGGGAUUUAUAAAGAGCAGAAGCCCAGAAAAUCAUCUAAGAAACGCGAGCCAAUCCGAGCCAGCACAGCAGGGGAGGCCAUAGAAAAAAUGCUGGAGCAGAAAAAGAUUUCGAGCAAGAUAAACUACGAUGUGCUGAGGGAUCUGAACAGCAAGGGGAGCAGCACACCAACUCGAGAGGAAAACGACAGCAGUAACCGCGGUGGCAAUAACAGCCGUGGUAAGAAGGGGCCAGCUCAGCGAAAGUCAGCCGCAAACUCCCGAAGCCUGGCCACACCAGUCAACAACCUGGGCAAGAGGCUUCGGCCACUGAUUUCGUCAGUACCUUCAAAAAAGCCAGCAAUCAACCAGGCUCCUGAUUCAGGAUCUGGUGACACUCAGGCAGUGCAUCCUGUUGCUGUGCUGGUAGAGAGCGGUCCUGUGGUAUAUAAUGAGGAGGAGGUGGAAGAGGAGGAGGAGGUGGAAGAGGAGGAAGAGAACUGCCUUAGUGCACUGCAGCUGAUAGGUGGAAAUGAUUACGGCUUUGAAGUGGAGGAGGAUGAUGGAUUCUAAGAAACCUCAGCACUUUCCCGAAGGAGCGUUGAGAAGUCUGUCGGAAAGUGGGAAUGCUUCCUGGGUUUUUCAUGGCGGACAGCUUGCUGGCAGAGUCCCACUGACUUGCGUGACAAGCUUGACACAGGAAAGCAGUCUGUAAAGCCAGGGAGGGUCCCUGGUCGGGGCAGAAUGUUGGCGAUGAGGUGGAGCUUUUCAACUACUUGUGACUGAAUCAUUUCUUCGAUCGGGAUCCAUUUGAAAAUGAAUUGAUGACCCUUGGCUUUUUGUUUUUUUUUUUGUUUAUUUUUGUACAGAAUUUACUAUUUAUUACAGUUUUAUUUGAAUAAUUUAGUUUUAUAUUUCUGUGUACUUAACAUCCUGUGGAGCGAAGGUGCUAAACCAUUUAGGUACGGCAUGGUGGUUUAGAAACUUGAGGGGUCGGUGCUGUCAUGUCGGGAUUGCCAAUUUGCAAAGCUCGCUCGCUCGCCUGCCCGCACAGCCAGUUACCCAAUUUUGGUGGAACCGGUGUGACAGUGUUUGUCCAUGGAGUGGGCCAGCCACCCAGUAUAGGGGAAAAAGGUCUGACCAGCCUGAGGAAGGUGAGCGCUGGUAGAAAUUGCCAUUGUCUAGUCUGCCAAGGGUCCAAUUUGCCAUUCGAAACCAUGUGUAAAUGACCAAUUAUGUUCAGUAAUAAGUCAUCGCGGUGAUCCAGAAGUUAUGUUAUAAAGGUCGGGGGGUGGGGUGUUCUUCCUUGUUGACUUCACAUAAAGAAAUCGAUGGCCUCUGUAUAAAUUGCUGAUUGUUGUUCAUGGAUUCGCUGGUUUGAGUCAUUUUGGGAUCUUUUCUGUUCAUUCCACAGGAUCAGUGUUAUUCCUCCCUUUUUUUUAAAGGAAAAUAGUAAAAAUGCUAACUCAGGGGAGUGAGCAUUGUUCAAAUAAAGGGUGAGCAAGGGCAUUAUGGAUUUGAUGUAUAUUUUGAUUUGAACAAUUUGUGAGAAUGUAUGCAGCCAUUACUCACUCCACAGCUGUGUGUGGAGUGCAUGUGACAUCAAAUACAUUAAGCCAUUUCAUAUAUCAAACAUUGAGUCUUCACUGCAAUGUUGAAGUGUUAACAGAACCCUUUUCAUAUAAUUAUAUUCCUCUAAUAACGGAUUACAUUAACUGCUCAUUCUCUCCACAACAGCUGCAUCAGUUUUACCAAAACAAAGCUAUUAAAUGGAGAUAUCUAUAAAAGAACAUGCAUGGUAGGGAGAACCUGUGUUGUCACUUUAGCGUUUCAGUGAAGAAUUAGUGGUGGGUGUCUGAGAUUUUCACAUUGAUUGAAACUGUGGAUAUGCAGCCAGCAGUGUGUGUAAGGCUGGUGUCCUUCCAAAGAUGAAAGAGAACAGACUUUGGUGAGCCACAGUAGAAAUGUGUCGCACACCAGUCAAUUCUGGGGGGUAAUUUUAAGCUUUGUCUCUGGAUGAAGAACAAAUUAUUUUGCAUCUGAAUGCUGUUAAAAACUUGUUUUCCAUUGAAGUUGGACAAGGUGCCAGUUCACCUUUGUCUGCUUUUGGCUUGAUGAUUAACAAUAAUAAUUGCCCCCUUUGGCUCGAAUCAAGAAUUAAUACCAGGGUAGCAAACAGCUUAGUGAUAACAACAAACACCUCCAUCCCCUCUCCUUCUCUUCCUUCAAUGUGCCACGUGACCCUGACUCUCAAUGUUUUGUUGGGCAAUUAGAAAAUGCAAAAGAAAAAAAAAUUAAUUAAAAGCCAUUGAGCAGUAAAUGA